GCUAAUUAUGAGCUCAGUUUAUUAGCGUUGUGAAGAGUACACAGUAGUGACUUGCAGAUGAAGGUUGAGUUAAUCUGCAGUGGGUAUAGGUACUAUGAUACUUCUGGAGUUAGUGGUGAGAUUCCACAAACAUUUGCUAAUCUACUGAACCUGUGUGUAAUGAACAUUCAAGGAAACUCUUUUGAAGGUUCAAUACCAUCUACUUCUUCCAAAUUAACUUCUCUGAAAGGCUUGAGUAUAAGUGAUUUAUCUAAUGGAAGCUCUUCAUUGGCAUUCAAUGUAUUUUGAGAAGUUGAGAAACAAAUUGGGUCCUUGGUGAGAAUAGUUGAAGAGGUGGACAUCAAUGCCAAUGGAGUGAGAUGGGGUAAAUACUUCAAAGUUAAAGUUGAAUUAGAUCGGUUGAAUCCCCCUAGCAAGAGGAAGGAUGCUACAAAUUAAGCUUCGUUCAAUGUGGGUUGCUUUCAAGUAUGAAAAAUUGCCCAGAUUUUGCUUCAAAUUGUGGGGGUGAUUAAGCAUGAAGAAAUUGGCUGC